CUCUCUCUCUCUCUCUCUCAUGGUUAAUCUGGCAUCUAUAGAAACAACAGCACUGAACUAACGCUAUCACUCUCGAUGGCGAAGAAUUACGUGAGAGAAAACGUCCCGUUAUCGCGAUUCGGAGUAUUAGUCGCACAAUUAGAAUCAAUCGUCGCUUCUGCUCAUCACAAACUUCCUGAUCCCUUACUUUGCUUCGAUCUUCUUUCCGAUCUCAUUUCCUCUAUUCAAGACGAACCUAAGGAGUCUGUACUUCUGUGGCAAAGAAAGUGCGAGGAUGCACUUUUUUCUCUGAUAAUUCUUGGUGCAAGGCGUCCUGUACGUCAUCUGGCAUCAACUGCAAUGGGUAAAAUCAUUUAUAAGGGAGAUAAUAUCUCAAUCUACUCAAGAGUGAGCGCUCUACAGGGAUUUCUCUCAGAUGGAAAGAAGAGCGAGCCUUUGCGAAUAGCUGGUGCCGCACAAUGCUUGGGGGAACUAUAUCGGCUUUUUGGGAGGAAAAUCACAUCUGGAUUGCUUGGAACUACUAGUAUUGUUGCAAAACUGAUGAAAUUUUCCGAGGAUUUUGUGAGACGAGAGGCUUUGCAGAUGCUUAGAAAUGCUCUAGAGGGUUCUGGUGGCAAUGGUUCUUCUUCUGCAUAUGCAGAAGCAUAUCGUAUAAUUAUGCGACUAGGUGUUGGAGAUAAAUCAUUUAUCGUCAGGAAAGCUGCUGCAAGAUGUUUGAAAGCUUUUGCUAACAUUGGAGGCCCAGGUCUUGGGGCUGGAGAGCUUGAAAAUUCUUCUUCUCAUUGUGUCAAGGCUCUUGAGGAUCGUGAAUCAUCAGUUCGUGACGCUUUUGCAGAAGCUUUGGGCGCCUUGCUUGCUCUUGCAUUGAACCCUCAAGCACAGGUGCAACCAAAGGGGAAAGGCCAGCCUAAUCCAAAAAAACUUGAGGGGAGUUUGCAAAAGCAUCUUAUAUCUCCCUUCACGAAAGCUAGUGGUUCUCGUUCCAAGGAUCUGCGAGUGGGUCUAACCUUAUCAUGGGUGUUCUUUUUACAGGCCAUACGUCUUAAGUAUAUGCAUCCAGACAGCGAGCUCCAAAAUUUUCUUGUGCAGAUUAUGGAUAUGCUUCGUACAGAUUCUUCUGUAGAUGCACAAUCAUUGGCAUGUGUUUUUUAUAUACUACGGGUGGGUGUGAUUGAUCAGAUGACUGAACCUACACAAAGGGUUUUCUUAGUUAAUCUAGGGAAGCAGCUUCAGUCUCCUGAUGCAAGUCCAUCAAUGAAAAUUGCUGCUUUACGUACUUUAUCAUAUGCCUUAAAAACAUUAGGAGAGGUUCCGCUUGAAUUCAGAGAGGUUCUUGAUGACACAGCUGUAGCAGCAUUGUCUAAUUCAUCACCACUUGUACGUGCCGAAUCUGCAUUGACCUUGCGUGCACUGGCGGAGAUUGAUCCUACUUGUGUUGGUGGCUUGCUUAACUAUGGGGUCACCACACUGAAGGCACUAAGAGAAAAUGUGGCAUUUGAGAAGGGUGACAAUUUGAAACUUGAGCUUGAUUCUUUGAGCGGACAAGCUACAGUUUUGGCUGCACUUGCAUCUGUUUCUCCAAAGCUACCUCUUGGUUAUCCAGCUAGGUUGCCUAGAACAAUGCUUGAUGUUGCCCGGAAAAUGCUUACAGAGGCUAGUCGCAACCCGCUGGUUGCAACUGUUGAAAAAGAAGCUGGAUGGUUACUUCUAUCAUCCUUGUUGUCUUCCAUGCCAAAGGAGGAGAUGGAAGACCAGGUGUUUGAUAUUCUUUCUUUAUGGGCUGAUGUCUUUAGUCGAGCCCAAGACAAUCAAGUGAAUAUAACAGAGGACCUGUCCUUCAAAAUAAGAGUGUGGUCUGCUGCGGUUGAUGCGCUAAUUGCAUUUAUUAGAUGCUUUGUUUCUCAAGAUGCCGUGAACAAGGGGAUCUUGCUUCAACCAGUACUGCUAUACCUUAAUCGGGCAUUGGCUCAUAUUUCUUCCUUAUCAACUACAGCGAAUGAUUUGAAGCCUUAUAUGGACAUAUUCACCAGCAGAACAUUGAUUGCUUAUCAGUCACUUUAUGAUCCAAUGACAUACAAGAGUGACCACCCUCAAAUUAUUCAAAUAUGCACCAGUCCCUUUAGAGAAGCAUCCAAGUACGAAGAAAGCUCCUACCUGAGAAUACUUUUGGACAGUAGAGAUGCUUGGUUAGGUCCUUGGAUUCCUGGAAGGGAUUGGUUUGAAGACGAACUUCGUGCAUUUCAAGGUGGAAAAGAUGGUGUUUUGCCUUGUGUAUGGGAGAAUGAGCUCCCCAGUUUCCCUCAGCCAGAGACUAUUAGCAAGAUGUUGGUGAACCAAAUGCUCCUUUGUUUUGGGGUUAUGUUUGCUACUCAGGAUAGUAGUGGGAUGCUUUCAAAUCUUAGCAUACUGGAACAGUGUCUAAAAACUGGAAAGAAACAUGCUUUACAUUCAACCGUUGUCACCAACAUAUGCGUGGGCUUACUCUCUGGAUUGAAGGCCAUGCUUACACUACGAUCUCAACCACUAGAAAUGGAGGUUUUAAAUGCAAUUCAGGGAAUCUUUCAGAAUAUUCUAGCCGAAGGUAGCAUCUGUGAAUCACAGCGCAGAGCAUCAUCAGAAGGGCUCGGAUUACUAGCUCGCCUUGGAAACGAUAUAUUUACUGCCAGAUUGACUAGAUCACUGCUUGGUGAUGUAACUGGGGUAACAGAUCCCCACUAUGCUGGAUCAAUUGCUCUCGCUCUUGGUUGCAUUCACCGCAGCGCAGGAGGAAUGGCAUUAUCGAGUUUAGUACCGUCCACCGUGAAUUCUAUCUCUUCACUAGCUAAGAGUUCAAAAGCUAGCUUACAAGUAUGGGCUUUGCAUGGACUUCUUCUGACUAUCGAAGCUGCUGGCUUGUCCUAUGUAUCACAAGUUCAGGCAACACUUGGCCUUGCUAUGGAUAUCCUUUUGUCAGAGGAGAAUGGAUGGGUGGUGCUUCAGCAAGGAGUAGGUCGUCUCAUUAAUGCCAUAGUUGCUGUUCUUGGUCCGGAACUUCACCCCGGAAGUAUAUUCUUUUCUCGCUGCAAGUCUGUCAUCUCGGAGAUAAGUUCACAGCAAGAAACAGCGACACUUCUCGAGAGUGUUCGCUUUACGCAACAACUUGUCCUCUUUGCUCCCCAAGCUGUAACAGUUCAUUCUCAUGUGAAAAUCCUCCUCUCAACUCUUUCAUCAAGACAGCCAACUCUGAGACAUCUUGCCGUGUCCACUCUCAGGCAUCUCAUUGAAAAGGAUCCGGGUUCCAUUAUUGAUGAACAAAUAGAAGAACAUCUGUUCCACAUGCUAGAUGAAGAAACAGAUAAAGAGAUUGGGAAUUUGGUGCAAACCACAAUUAUGCGACUGCUCUAUUCAUCAUGCCCAUUAUUUCCUUCUAGGUGGCUGACAAUAUGCCGCAACUUGGUUCUUGCUACAUCAAGUGGAAAUACCAGAACCAUCAAAGAAUUGAAUGACGAUUCUGUUAGUGGGCCUAAUGGGGACACAUCGUAUGGGGAAGAUGAUGAGAACAUGGUUUCUAGCUCUCAAGAAUCACCUGGGGUCAAUUCUGCCAGAGACAAGAGCCUCAGAUACCGGACAAGAGUCUUUGCUGCAGAGUGCUUGAGUCAUGUACCAGAUGCUGUUGGACAGAAUCCUGCUCACUUUGACCUAUCAUUAGCAAGAAGCCAACCAGCGCAUGAGCUCCUAUCUGGUGACUGGUUAGUCAGCCAGGUUCAAGAGCUCGUAUCUCUUGCUUACCAGAUAAGCACUAUUCAAUUUGAGAACAUGAGACCGCUUGGUGUGGGCCUUCUAAGUACUAUUCUGGACAAGUUUGGCAAAGUACCAGACCCUGAGCUUCCUGGACAUCUAUUAUUGGAACAGAACCAGGCCCAGCUUGUAUCUGCUCUUCGUACAGCAUUGGAUGCAUCAUCUGGACCUAUUCUUUUGGAAGCAGGUCUACUGUUGGCUUCUAAGAUAUUGACAAGUGGUAUGAUCAGAGGAGAUCAAGUGGCAGUUAAACGGAUCUUUACAUUGAUUUCGCAACCCCUUGAGGACUUUAAAGACCUUUAUUAUCCAUCAUUUGCUGAAUGGGUUUCAUGUAAGAUCAAGAUACGACUCCUAACUGCCCAUGCCUCUCUCAAAUGUUAUACAUAUGCAUUUUUGAGGAAACAACACAGCAUUCCAGAGGAGUAUCUAGGACUAUUACCAUUAUUCUCAAAAAGUUCAAAUACACUGGGCCAGUACUGGCUGUCUCUGUUAAAGGAUUACAGUUACGUAUGCUUUCGCACACGUCCUCAUAUACAUUGGAAACCAUUUCUUGAUGGAAUUCAAUCCUCUCUUGUUGCCAAAAAACUGAAGCAAUGUUUAGAGGAAUCCUGGCCAUUUAUCUUGCAAGCAGUUUCUCUCGAUGCAGUUCCAGUGGAUGGGAAGGCAAGUAAAUCUUCUAGAACAGAAGAAAACACACCCAAAAGUGCCUUUUUUUCUGGAUACAAUAUGGUGGAACUGAAACAGCAAGAUUAUCAGUUUCUAUGGAGCUUCUCUUUACUUGUUCUUUUCCAGGGGCAGCAUGCUACUCCUGAUAAAAUCAUUAUUCCACUGGAUUAUGUAAAAUCCUGCUUUGACAGUGACUCGCCAGUUGCCGACAAACAUUCACCGGCGAUGAAGUUCUAUGAAAUUAUUUUACCAGUUUUCGGGUUUCUUUCUACAGAAAAGUUCUUUGCAACUGGGUUUCUUACAAUUGAUCUAUGUAGGGAGCUGCUUCAGGUUUUUUCAUACUACAUUUUCAUGGAGGACAUUUUGGACAGUCAUGCAAUCUCAGUUCUUUCACAGAUUGUUCAGAACUGUCCUAAAGAGUUUUUUGAAAUUGAAGAUUUUGCAUAUCAGGCAGCCGAGCUUUGUUUGUCCUUCAUUUUCAAGUUUUUACAAAGUCAUUCAAAUUGGGAGGAUAAGAUAUCUCUGUCCCUCAGUUCGGCAACGUAUCUUUUGAUGCGUCUAGGACCCAAGAAGCAACUGCGAUUGGCAUUAGCAUUUCUGAUUAUUGGAUACAAGUGCAUUGGGGAAGCCUCAAAUAGCAUAUGCUUGUUGAAAUCUGUUGAGUAUGCUCUAUCUAUGAUGGUCAUGCUGAAAGGGCUUGUUAACGAGAAAUUUAAACUAGAUGAUGAUGCUCUUUGCUAUUUAAGGACUAUAACCAGGGCUUGUCUGAAUAUGAAUGUUAAGUUAACCAAUGACUGUAUCAAGAGCAUCCAUCUGUUGGAGGAUAAGUUGACAAACUCGUCUAAAUUGCCACAAAAGAAGCUUGCUUUCUCUCUCGAGCAAAUUAUUACUUGUGCUAAGUUAAUGUAUGAAACUGAACUUGUUAGUGACGAUCAAGAGAGUAAACCCCUAUUUUAUCGCAUGCUGUGCCAGUGCACCAUUUCUUUCCGUGAGGUUCUUAACGAUCAAUACAGGCAGGCACAUGCCAUCGCCUUGCAAGUGCUAGCCAGUGUAAUACGAGAUUCCAAUUCUGAAAACAACAUAUUCCUGACAUUCUUUAUUGGGGAGCUACUUAACGCUAUCUUUGGGGUCAUCAAGCAAACAUUGCAGCAACCUGUUAAAAAGGAAGCAGUAACUGUUGCUGGAGAUUGUUUGAAAACCUUGAUGCUUUUGCAUUCGUCUUCUAAAGCUGCAGAAUCUCAGAGGAAUUCCAUGGGCCUGCUUCUUGAAGCAAUUCUGAUGAUCAUGUUAGCUUCAGAGAAAGAUUUCUCUCAGGAAGUCAAAGAAUUAAGAUCUGCAUCCAUGAGGCUUGUUUCUCAGCUUGCUCAAAGUCAAACCUCCUCAGCAUACUUCAAGGAUGCAUUAUUAUCGAUGCCUGUUACACGGAGGCAGAAACUCCAGGAUAUAAUCCGUGCAUCUGUAACGCAAGAUCAGAUUUCAACCCAAACUAAAUCCUUGAUGCCACCUUUGGUGAUCAGGAUGCCUUCACAAACAGAAGAAGCCAAACGCCAUAUUGCGCCUCCAUCAACCGCCACACAAGUCGCCGACUAUGCUAACAAUGAAGAAGAGGAAGAGGAAGAUGAUUGGGAUACUUUCCAGUCUUUUCCUGCCACUACAAAUGAAUCUAAAUCUACUGAAAAUAUAAGUUCAGAAAAGAAGGUUUUGCAAGGAAACAUAACUUCUAUGACCAAAAGCUCAAGCUCAAGCUCAAGUGAAGAUGAAGGGGAAGAAGAUACUUUCUUCACAGAAGUUGCCCAACUUCAAACCAUCAAAGAGCGUGAUGAUCAAGAUAAUGAUGAUGAUGAUGAUGAUGAGGAAAAAGAUGAAGACGAAAGUUCUGAAGAAAUUGAGAGCAUUGAAAAUCAUGAGGAUGAGGAGUAUUUAGAUGAAUAUUCUGGAGAAGAGAAUAUAUAUGGUGGUGGAGAUGAAAUUGAAGAGGAGACGGAUGUAGAUAUAUUAAGCCAUAUAGAUCAGGUGCUAUUUGAUAUGGCUGAGGAGAGCUCGAAAUCUUCAUCUACUUCUGAAUCUGGAAAUGAAGUAAAAGGGUCGUCUCAUAGUAAUGCUGCAACGGGUAAGGAUGAACUUGAACAGAAGGAAUUUUCAGCUGAACACUCGACCUCUCAAUCCGGGAAUGAAGAAAAAGGCUCAAGUAAUAGUAAUGCUGAGUCAGAGAAAGAUGAACGUGAACAAGAUGAUGACUUCUCUGCUCAACUCGCUCUCUCUCACUCUGUUAAUGAAGAAAAAGGCUCAACUCAUAGUAAUGCUGCAUCGGAGAAUGAUAAACAUGAACAAGAAGAUGACUUUUCUACUCAACACACUCUCUCUCACUCUUUAAAUGAAGGAAAAGGCUCAAACUAUAGUAAUUCUGCGUUGGAGAAAGAUGAACUUGUACAAGAUGAAGCCUUUGCUGUUGGACACUCUAUUUCUGAAUCUGUUAAUGAAGAAAAAGGCUCAAGUCACAGUAAUGAUACACCUGAGAGAGAUGAACGUGAACAAGAUGAUGACUUUUCUGUUCCACAAUCUAUUUUCCAAUCUGUUGAUGAAGGAACAGGCUCAACCCAUGGUAAUACCGCAUUGGAGAAAGAUGAACAUGAACAAGGCUAUGACUUUUCUGAUCAACACUCUAUUACUCAAUCCGUUGAUGUAGAAAAAGACUCAAAUCAUAGUGAUGCUAUACUGGCGAAGGAUCAAAGUGAACAAGACAAGGACUUUUCUGCUCAACGCUAUACAUCUGAAUAUGGAAAUGAAGAAAGAGGCUCUAAUCAUAGUAAUGCCACAUCGGAUAAGGAUGAACAUGAACAUGGCAAGGACUUUUCUGCUCAACACCCCACAUCUGAAUAUAUGAAUGAAGAAAGAAGCUCAAUUAAUAGCAAUGCUUCAUUGGGGAACGAUGAAUAUGAACAAGGCAAGACUCAACACUCUACUUCUGACCAUAGAAAUGAAGAAAACGCCACAACACAUAGUAAUGCUACAUUGGAGGAUGAUGAACAUGAACAAGACAACUUUUCUGCUCAACCUUUUACUUCUCAAUCUGGUCAUGAAGAAAAAGGCUCAACUUGAGAAGAAUGAAGGGGAACAUGAUGACUUGCCUAGUCAAGACCACUUUCAGGAGGCUGAAAUUCACCAUAGCCCAUAGGUACAUAAUAUCAGUGGGUACUAUUCACUUUGUCAAAUUUGUUUACACGUUUUUGAACUUUUGAAAGAUGGACCGAAAGAGAAUGUGUGUAUUUGUUUAACAGUUAGAGGCUUGAGCUACCUUAUGUGUGGAUUUUGAUCUUUUUCAAUGUUCAAAUCCUCUGACCAACAAGCUUUGGUUUGCUGUCCAUGGUUUCAAAGCCUUCUGAACUGUUCUGUCACCAGUUUUUGAAAUAUCUGUAGUUAUUUAUACUUGAUGCUUUUAUGUUAUUUUUCCGGAUACAUGUAGAGAUGAGCUAGUUUCACUUAUGUGUUUGUUUUAAAAUUGAUAUGUUCGAACAAAACAAUAAUCAAUUGAUCCCAAUGUAUUGUUCCUUAUUUUUAUUCAUUUUUAGAUUUACUGUGCCCUUUUGAACCA